CGCGUCGGCCGCUCGCUCAGUGAGCGGAGCCGCGCAGCGGGAGGAUGGCCUCGCUCGGGUCGGCCGCGGCCGGGGAGCCGGCGGCCGGGGCUGAGGCGGAGCUAGGUCCUCCGGCCCCUCCGCCGCCGCCGCCCGCGCCCGCGCCCGCGCCCUCGCCGUCCGCGCUCGGGCCGCUGCUGCCCCUGCAGCGGGAGCCGCUCUACAACUGGCAGGCCACCAAGGCGUCGCUGAAGGAGCGCUUCGCCUUCCUCUUCAACUCGGAGCUGCUGAGCGAUGUGCGCUUCGUCCUCGGCAAGGGCCGCGGCGCGGCGGCCGCCGGGGGCCCGCAGCGCAUCCCCGCCCACCGCUUCGUCCUGGCGGCCGGCAGCGCCGUCUUCGACGCCAUGUUCAACGGCGGCAUGGCCACGACGUCGGCCGAGAUCGAGCUGCCGGACGUGGAGCCCGCCGCCUUCCUGGCGCUGCUGAGAUUUUUGUAUUCAGAUGAAGUUCAGAUUGGGCCAGAAACUGUUAUGACCACUCUUUAUACUGCCAAGAAAUAUGCAGUCCCUGCCCUGGAAGCACACUGUGUAGAAUUUCUCACCAAACACCUUAGGGCAGAUAAUGCCUUUAUGUUGCUUACUCAGGCGCGGUUAUUCGAUGAACCUCAGCUGGCCAGUCUUUGUCUAGACACCAUAGACAAAAGCACAGUGGAUGCAAUAAGUGCAGAAGGCUUUACUGAUAUUGACAUAGAUACACUCUGUGCAGUUCUAGAAAGAGACACAUUAAGUAUUCGAGAAAGUCGACUUUUUGGAGCUAUUGUACGUUGGGCAGAAGCAGAAUGUCAGAGACAACAAUUGCCUGUGACGUUUGGAAACAAACAGAAAGUUCUAGGAAAAGCACUUUCCUUAAUCCGGUUCCCACUGAUGACAAUUGAGGAAUUUGCAGCAGGUCCUGCUCAGUCUGGAAUUUUGUCAGAUCGUGAAGUGGUAAACCUCUUUCUUCAUUUUACUGUCAAUCCUAAACCCCGAGUAGAAUACAUUGAUCGACCACGAUGCUGCCUCAGAGGGAAGGAAUGCUGCAUCAAUCGAUUCCAGCAAGUAGAGAGCCGCUGGGGCUAUAGUGGAACAAGUGACAGAAUCAGGUUCACAGUUAACAGAAGAAUCUCUGUAGUUGGAUUUGGUUUGUAUGGAUCUAUUCAUGGGCCCACGGAUUAUCAAGUGAAUAUACAGAUCAUUGAAUAUGAGAAAAAACAAACCUUGGGACAAAAUGAUACUGGAUUUAGUUGUGACGGGACUGCUAACACAUUCAGGGUCAUGUUCAAAGAACCUAUAGAGAUCCUGCCCAAUGUCUGUUACACAGCAUGCGCAACGCUCAAGGGGCCAGAUUCUCACUACGGCACAAAAGGACUGAAGAAAGUCGUCCAUGAGACCCCUGCUGCAAGCAAGACUGUCUUUCUAUUUUUCAGCUCCCCUGGCAAUAACAAUGGCACUUCAAUAGAAGAUGGACAAAUACCAGAAAUAAUAUUUUAUACAUAACCUAGUGUUACCGACCAUUCAGUCUAAUCUCAAAAGCAUAAACAACUGGCCACAAAUAGUUUGAGUGUCUUGAGUAUUUAUAAUUACAGAAUAAGAAACAUUUUAGUUUCUUAGAGGAAGUAAAGUUUAUUUAAAUCUCUGCAUGAUUCAAAGGCAGAUUUUCCAUUUUCUUGUAACCCUCAGAGCAAAGAGAACUGAGUUUGUGAAAACCGCAGUCUUCCUGCUUGUCUUGUGUGAUUUCAUAGGUCCACUGACUCGUGAUCUUUCAGUAAUUUGGGAAUUGAAAGAUUUUUGUCAUAUAUAGCAGAUGUGGAUGUUUUCACUUUUUUUUUUAAACUUGUUUUUACUAUUUUGAAAGUUAGGUGAAAUGGGUCAGUAUUCCUACAGAAUUCUUUUUAACUCAAAUAACUAAUUUCGGAAAAUUAAGAAAAUUGACUUUAUAUUUGGGGUUUUGAAAUAUCUGGUUGUUAACAUUUGGAAUAGUGCUAAAAGUAAGCCUAAAAAACACCCAAGAGAAAUUCCAGUACAUUUGCAGAAAGGGUGUUUUGUAAUAGUGUAGUAGUGUAUUGCAUAGUACUGUUUCAAAGCUGUAAGUGGAGUUUGUACAAAUUCACAAUAACUGAAAUAAACAGAUCUACAGGGACAGGCUAAGAUGGAUUCUUUAUCACUCCUAUCCCACUGUGCCUGUCGUGGGUGCUGCCAGUAAUUGCUAGAUGGCUGAGAUACGAUGGAGGUGGAGACAGACACCACUAUAGUGCUGCAGUGACCGGACACAGCAAGAGAGGACAGAAUACUAAGUUCCUAACAGCUGCUCUGAAAUCAAAGCUGUCCAACCAAUACUCCUCCCGAAAAGGAAGGAGGCUUUUCGUCACCUGCAGAGAAAAUGCUUGAUUUUAUCUGUAACCUUGUUAAUGGACUGGUACACCUAUGGUAAGAGUGGGGCAGGAGGAUAUCUGACAGUGUGACGUUUCUACGUUUUUAUAUAAAGCAGAUUUUUAAAGUACAAGUGAGAUAACAUUUUCCUCUUGAAAAUGAUUAUCUUACAAAAAAAUAAACCUUGUAUAAAUUAAGCCGAAAGUGUAUCAGUCUCAGAUAGUUGUGGAAAGUUAUUAAAAAUAAAAAUUCUUCUAAGUAUCAACUUAAGAAUUUUUUCUAAAUAGGAUAUAAAGGAUUUCAUCAAAAGUAAUAUUUUGUAUUUUCACGAGGUCAGGGAGGUGAUGUGCUGGUGGCCAGGGUCUCCUGAAGUUGCUGAAGAGAGGAAACUGUUUUCUGUUUGCUCUGGUACCAUGAUCUUGUGUUGCCAGCCUCCGUUAGCUGGAAUACCUGUGGAAUGUGUGAUUCUGCAUAACUGAAGUUUAGCAAAGACUGUAGUAACCAUUUGGGGAGGUAUUUCUUCCUUAACACGUAUUGCAUGCCAGAGGUAAGUUAGUGCUUUUGACGUUGGGGCAUUCCCAUGCCUUGUUUUUUACUGAACAACUGUAAUGGAAUGUAGUCAAUGGAAGGUACAAGAAACGGAACCACUCACUGACAUGGGACAUCACCUGGAAUUUUUAGAAUAAAUUGAUCCUUUUUGUUUA